CCUAAGCGAAUCACAAAAAAAGAGCUAAGAGUACCACACUAGGUGUAAUUUAUGUUUUUAUUUUUAAUAAUAUGAUGGGAAUGACGCAUCAAUGUUGCUGUGACAAGGCAAUGUAGCGGUGUCUUGGCAACCGUUGCUAUGGUGACGCGGGCCAUCAACGGCAGCGGUGCUCACCUGGUAACGGUUGCCAGGGUGACGGCGCGAAGCGGGAUGGCAAAGGCCUGGGCCCCUUGCGGCGGGGAAUGUCGCUGCGGCUGUCACCCGCUGGAGGUGCCGCGCAGCCAGGACUGGCAGGAGAGGCAUGUGGCCCACUGGAUCGAGAAGCUCGGCUUCCCACAGUACGUGGAUUGUUUCACUUCAAACAAAAUCUCAGGCAGGAAACUCAUUUUUGUCAACUGCUCUACUCUACCCAGUAUAGGAAUUACAGAUUUUGAACACAUGAAGGGUCUAUAUAAAUACAAGUUGUUAUUUCCAGGUGAUUUCCCAUGAGAUUCACAAGCUACUUGAUAUUGAAGAGCCUGCCUGGAAUCGCAGCAUUUCGCAUCGCCACAGAGAUCCCAUGGGCUUGUUUCUAGAGCGCAAGGCUCCAACAGGACCCAAGGCUGAUGCACUAACAUUGGAAGAAUUCUUGAAACAGCUGGAUGCCUGAAUUUCUCAAAAUCCUUCGGAGAAGGAUCUGACCAAAGAAAUUGGUAUCUCAACAUGAUGUCCCAGACUCUAGGACAUUGCUAGUUCUUAGAUUUCUGUCACAAUGUGUAAUGUUGUGUAUCUGAUGGCAUUUAACUAGGUCAAUGUUUUUGUUCAAAGUAGCAUCAUCAAUCUUGCAAAUUAGUUGCAAACAUCUAUAAAUGUCCAAAACCAUAAGUGUCCUGAGGGGCCAGGCCAAAUGCUUAUUUUAUAUUAUCCAUCAUUCAGUUCAGGAAUGUAAAGGGUUUGACACUGGUUACCUGAAAACUGGCCAUGAGUGGAGUAAAACAUUUGUACAGCACAGUACAGGCCCUUCAGCCCACAAUGUUGUACCAACCUUUUAAUGUACUCCACAAUUAAUCUAACCCUUCCCUCCUACACAGUUCAUUACCCUCCACUUUUCUUACAUCCAUGUGCCUACCUAGAAUUCCCCUUAAAUGCCCCUAUUGUAUCAGCCACCCCUGCAGUGUAUUCCAGGCACCAACCACUCUCUGUAUAAAAUAACCUACCUUUGACAUCUCCCUUAAACUUCCCUCCACUCACCUUCAGUGAAUGUCCUUUGGUGUUAGCCAUUCCUACUCUGGGGAAAUUUCUCUGGUUAGCCACUCUUUCAAUGCAUCUUAUCAACUUGCACAUCUCUAUCAAGUCACCUGUUAUCCUCCUUCACUCCAAAGAGAAAAGUCCUAGCUGAUAAGACAUACUCUCCAUCCUGUCUAAAGCUUCCACAUCCUUCCUAUAAAGAGGUGACCAGAACUGAAUGUAGUGCUCCAAGUGUGGUCUAACUAGAGUUUGCUGGAGCUGCAAAUUGGGGUGCUAUGAAAUACAAACCUCUGUCGGUGAAUAAAGAUCACAGGUAUAUUCAAAUUAGUUCUCACUUCCACAGUCAAAUCUCUUAGCAAAUGUCUCCCGCUCUAACACCCAACAUAGAUUUCAACUCAAAUCUCACAAUCCAUCAUCCUCCAUCACACAAACCAGCCUCCCUUCCAUUGACUCCACCUACACUUCCCACUGCCUGAGGAAAGCAACCAACCUAAUCAAGGAUUAGUCCCACCCCGGUUAUUCUUUCUUCUACCCUCUCCUGUUGGGCAGAAGAUCCAAAAGCCUGGGAGCAGAAAUCACUCCCUUCUACCCACUUUUAUCAGACUCUUGAAUGGAUCUCUAUGCUUAAUCUAUUCCAUCACGGUCCUUGCAUUUUAUUUGUCUCCCUGUAUUAUACUUUCUCUACAGCUGCAACACUACAUUCUGCAUUGUUUUCUUUUUACUACCUCAAGGUAUUUCAGUAUGGGAUGAUCUGUCUGUUUAGCAUACAAACACCAUGUUUUCUCUGUAUCUCGGUAUAUGUGUAAAUAAUAAACCAGAUCCAAUAUCUCCAUAAUUCAAAACAUACAGAUACAUUCAAAUUAUCUCCUAUCACAGAUAUUCCCUUCCUCUUAACCAUCCCUUCUGCAUCCUUCCUCAUAUGUUAAAAUUACCAAUUUUAUCUUCUUUUCCCAAUCUGAUUUGAAACAUUCAGUCUUUUUCUUUAUCUACAGAUGGUGCUUGACCUCUGGAGGGUUUCCAGCAUUUCUAUUUUCAUCUCUGACAGUCAGAUGUCGAUCACCCAUCACAAGCUAAACCAUUUCCCCCAUACAUAGAACAUUACAGGCCCUUCAGCACACAGUGUUAUGACAACCCUUUCCAAGAUCAAUCUUACCCUUCCUCGUAAAUAACCUUCCAUUUUUAUUUCGUCCAUCUGCCUAAGAGUCUCUUAAAUGUCUCUAACGUAGCUGCUCCCACCACCACCCUUGGCAAAGCAUCUACCAUUCUCUGUGUAAAAAAACUACCUCUAAUAUCCCCCCCAUACUUUCCUCCAAUCUCCUUAAAAUUAUGCCCCUCCAUAUUAGCCAUUUCAGCCCUAUGAAAAAGUAUAUAGCUGCCCACUCUAUUUUGGCCUCUUAUAUCAGAUGAUAAGAGUUAACUAUUAAGUCACUUCUCAUCCUUGUUCGCUCCAAAGAGAAAAGCCAUUGCCACUCAACCUUUCCUCAUAAGACAUGCUGUUUAAUCCAGGUAGCAUCCUGGUAAAUCUCCUCUGCACCCUCUUUGCCUUCCUCACCACUGAUUCAACCUGCAAGUUAACCUUCAGGGUGUUGUGCACAAGGACUCCCAAGUCCCUCUGCAUCUCAGAUUCCCGGAUUUUCCCCCCUUUAGGAAAAUAGCCUGCACAUUUACUUCUACCAAAGUGCAUGACCAUACAUUUUCCAACAUUGUAUUUCAUUUGCCACUUUCUUGCCCAUUCGCCUAAUCUGUCCAAGUCCUUCUUCAUCCUACCUGUUUCCUUAACACUACCUGCCCCUCCACCAAUCUUCGUAUCAUCUGCAAACUUGGCAACAAAGCCAUCUAUCCUAUCAUCUAAAUUAUUUAUAUACAGCAUAAAAAGAAGUGGUCCCAACACCAACCCCUGUGGAACACCACUGGUCACUGGCAGCCAGCCAGAAAAGGAUCCUUUUAUUCCCAUGCACUGCCUCCUACUAAUCAGCCAAUUUAUGUUAACAACCUUGAGGAGUGAACAAAGUAUAAGGUAUCCAGUAGUAGGGGAGUCUAGGACCAGAGAGCAUUGCCUCAGAAUAGAAGGACGUCCCUUUAGAAGAGAUGAGGAGGAAUUUCUUUAGCCAGAGGCUGGUGAAUUUGUGGAAUUCAUUGCUGCAGAUGGCUGAAGUGAUUAAAAUAGGUGGAAGGGCUUAUUGUGAUCAUAAUACAGUGAUUCUGCAAAGGGAUAUCAUGGUAAACCAUAUAUAUAUGUUGUAACUGUCUGGACUCGCCCCUCUGCUGACUGCUCCUGUGGCUCCUCCCACAGACCCCUGAAUAAAGGCGAUUGCGCCAUUGCUCCUCCUCUCAGUCAGGGGCAGAUACUCAGCAUGGUGGAGGUCACAUUUUACUGCUAAUAAAAGCCUUUCAGUAUUUACUCUACUUCCAGUCUUUUGGAGUUAUUGAUGGUGCAUCAGAUAUAGAAUGAGUAAUUGGACAGAGAAAUUGUAAAUGUAGUUCAACGUGGGAAUGUGUGAGGUCAUGUACUUUAGCAGCAGACUAAAGGGAGAGAAACUGCAAAUCAGUGAAGCCCAGAGGCAUUUUGGAUCUACGUGUUCUAUUGCAUGAAUCAUAAAAGAUUAGCGGGCAGCUCCAUCACGCAGUUAGGAAGGCAAAAGACCUUUUUGCCUGUAUUGCAAAGUGGCUGUAGUUUAAGAAUAGCGACACACAUAAAAGUUGCUGGUG